AUGGUGAUGGUGAUGAUGCGCUGGGUUGUGUGCGGUCUGGUUGUGGUGCUGGCGCCAGUGGUGGUGCAUGCCACUGGCGCCGAGGAUGAGCCACCGACUUUUGCUGGCAAUGUGUCGGAGCUGACGACUUUGGCGGCCAACGGCACGAGCGCGCCCACGGAGGAAGCCGUGUCGUACACGGGGACCGUUGGGUGUCGGCUGACGGUGCCCGCAGAGGUGACGCGUGUUGUCGGCGACAUCAUCUUGCUCUCAUGUGAUGUCUUGACGGCCGCGGAUCUGAAUGUGUUCGACCAGCUCGUUGAAAACAAUUCCGCAUUGACCCGUGUGGAUGGGCUAGAGGGCCUAGCAAACAUAGGCGGCAUCUUCAACUUUUAUAACAAUGCGGCUCUCACCAAUGUUGAUGGGAUUGGGAGCCUAGCUAGCGUCGGCGGCAGCCUGUUCUUCUAUUACAAUGAGGCCCUGGCAAGUGUCGAUGGAUUCGGAAGCCUGGCGAGCGUUGGCGGCGACUUGGACUUUUUUAACAAUUCUGCCCUUGCCAGUGUGGAUGGGCUUGAGAACUUGACGAGCAUUGCCGGCCUUUUGAGGCUUGCUAACAAUGAUGUUUUAACGCGUGUCGAUGGAUUUGGAAAACUCACAAGCGUUGGCGACCAUUUCAUUGUAUAUUACAAUGGGGCCCUGGCGAACGACAUUGGUCUCCGAAGCCUCGCCAGCGUUGGCGGCGAGUUGCACUUUCAGCAUAAUAAGGUCUUGACAAACGUCGAUGGGCUGGAGAACCUAGCAAGCGUUGGCGGCCAGUUGUUCUUUCAUUACAAUUCUGCCCUGACUAAUGUCGAUGCUCUCGGGAGCCUGACCAGCGUUGGUGGCAACUUGAUCUUCUAUUACAAUUCUGCCCUGACAAAUCUUGAUGGGCUACGAAGACUCACAAGCGUUGGCGAAGGCCUGUUCAUUCACUACAAUUUUGCCCUGACGAAUGUCGAUGGGCUAGGUAGACUGGCAAGCGUUGGCGACGGCCUCUUCUUUCACAACAAUUCUGCCCUGGCCAAUGUUGAUGGACUCGGUAGCCUCACAAGCGUUGGCAACCAACUGGAGUUCUACGACAACUCUGCCCUGACGAAUAUCGAUGGACUCGUGAGACUGACCAAUAUUGGCGGUCACUUGGAGUUAUACGACAAUGACGCCCUCACCAGCAUUGCAGCGUUCGGGAGCCUCACAAACGUUAACUACUCAAGGCUUGUUUUCCUUGACUGCCAGCAGCUUUAUGGUCUCGACCUACUUUCUCCUGCUUUUUGGCAUGUCGAGCUCGAAUGUCGUAUUGGUCCAUCAGAGCUGACGAAAAGCUUCUUUCCACAGUUCAGCCAACUCAACUACCUUCGGUACAGCUUUGCAAAUGCCAAGCAAUCUGCCCUCACCAGCAUUCCUUAUGAUGCUUGGUGGAGAAGCAUGAAUACCAAUGAGCUAAAGCGUCCUGGCCUAGUGAUUGUGACACCACAUAUUCAAUGUGAUGGCAAUCAAAGUGAUGAUGCCCUCAUCAUGAUCAAGUGCAGCUGCUAUAAUCCACCCUAUCGAGGUGCCCCUUUUUGCCCCAAGCCAGCUCAGAAUGUGGCGUGCCCAGCCUCUGGCAGUGUUCUUAGUAUUGUUCAAGUGUGCAAUGGUGUUGAUGAUUGCUCAAACGGAGAAGACGAAGCCUCAUGCUACGGCAUUCUGAAACUGCGCUCGAUCAGCGACAAUCUCCCUUAUAUCCCAGAGCUAGACUGCAUCAACCAGGUGGAGCUUCGAAUCCAGCGCGGGGUCAUCCAAUCGACCGUACCUCAAGGCGUCGGCAAUCACUCGUGCUUUUCCUGGCAUGGCGUCAUGCGCAAUUGGGAUGCUGCCGAGCUCCACUUUGCUUUAAGCAGCGCUCGUGUGUUAGUGCCGGAGCGCCCCAAGCCAUGGGUGGUGAUGGCGGUUACUUUGCGCUCGACCAGCAAUCUCAGCAUAGAUGUGCCACUUCGUGUCGGAUAUCAACUUGUACAAGGGAGCUUGUUUGGUCUCACGGGCAGCAGUGCGAUGCUUGGCGAGGACACCCCCUUACCUUCGCUUACAGAAUUUGACGCCCAGUACGCGGCACAGGUUGACAGUGUCGUUGCAACCACAACAAUAGCGGCCUCGACCUCCGAGUUGACGGAGUCGUCCACCAACGAUUCAUCCGUUGUCAUGAUCGUGGCGGUGGCGGUGUCGGUCUCGUUGCUGGCAAUCAUCACCCUGAUUGCAUACACUUUGCUACCAGGCACACGUCGUCGCAUCGAGCGGACAGCUAUGGAGCGUGAAAUCCUUGCGUUGAUGCACCAAGCUCGUGCAGAGUUUACUUCUGCCUAUCCCCAACUGCGUUUCGUGCCACUUGAGCUGCUCGACUCUGACGCAAUCGACGUUGAGCAAGUUAUUGGUCAUGGCCAUUUUAGCAAUGUGUAUCAGGGAAGCUUGCUCGACGGUGAACAGAAGCCACGUCGUGUCGCCAUCAAAGAAUGCGAUGGCGACAAAACGAUGCUCUCGGCGUGGUUGCGUGAAAUCUUGCUUUUGCACAGCCUUUGCAAUCAGCCCAACAUCAUUGGCCUUCAUGGUGUGCUGCUCAGAACGGCGGAACAGUCGACUCUAUCAGCGGUGCUGGAGUGGGCACCGCACGGCAACCUCCGCGACUUUGUGCAAAGACAUCCGUUGAGUGAGGCACAACUGCAUCAAGCCUUGUACCAAACAGCCACUGCCCUGGCAUGCCUGGCCAAGCUUGAGAUUGUGCAUCGCGAUGUUGCAGCGCGCAAUGUUCUUGUCAUGGCGGCUGGCCCAGCUUUUGCCUGUAAGCUGGGUGAUUUCGGCUUGUCUCGAGUCAUGCCAAGCUCAAAAUAUUACAGGAGUGUAGCAGAUAGCGAGAUGCCCUUCCGGUACGAUGUGCUCAACUCACGCGAACCCUGUCAACAGCCUCGCAGUGUGCUCAUGUGCCAUGAUGUUUUGUUCAUCUUCGUCACUUGCACACAGAUGGAUGGCACUUGA